GCCAGUGUUCAGCUCACGCAGCGUCUUCUCGAUACACUUCAGCAACUGCCUUCAUAGGAAACAGCCGAGCUGCAGUAGCUGCUUCAGCCCAGACACGGAACCGGGACUUCUGAAAGCGGCAGGAAGUUUAGCAUCUUAAAAUGUCAAGCUGCGUCAUUCAAGUUGCCAACAAAAGUAAGGGAUCUGUCACUGUUGUUGUUAGUACCAAUCCGGGAUUACGAUUGUUGGGUGAUUCUCUGGUUGUGACCAUCCCCGCCUACGACCUCCUCAAGUCAUUCUUCACUAAAGACGAGCUGAGAGUUUCACCAGGGGAAACGUCAGUUGUAAACGAAGUUGGUAUCCGGAAAAUCUUCACCUAUGGAGUUGGGUUGACAGGAGCAAAAUGGUACUACAUUAAGGUGACAAGAGAAGAUGAUGAGUGGGUGGCUCUGUGUCAAACUCCUCUGCAUUGCACCUGGAUUGUGGAUGAUGAUAAAAUCUACCAGGAAGAUAAACCGUCGAUAUGCAAACCAUUUGGUUUUGUACCUGAUAAAUCCAGCUACGUCAUUAAAGUUACCAACAAAACCAAAGAAGUCAUCAGUGUUGUGGUUCACAAAGGCCUGCUGAGUCCUAGAAGAAUUCUAAGCCCUGGGGGAGACAGCUGGUUCAACUCAGGGUUUGCAGUUGAUCCAGGAAAAACAAAAACUAUUAAUAAAGUGAACCCCAAGGAUUUAUCCUCCUACACUUCCAUCAGUAAUAUAGCGGGCAUGGUAAAUAUAUCAACCCAUUCUAUAAAGGUGAAAAGGGGUGAACAGAUCGCUCAGUGUAACACCCCUUUGCAUUGCACCUGGAUCGUGGAGAGCCAUGGAAUGUGGCAAGAAAAUAAACCUACAGAAGUUUACAAAUUUCAGUAACAUGCUUUUCUCCUUCUCAAUAUUCUUAUAAGCAAGCAGCAGAAGAAGACCCCAAUGAAUGUCUUAUAAAUCCAUGGGGCUUCGCCAGUAUUUGCUUUAGGAGCCAACUCAACAGUUGUGUGUGUCCUGGUGACUAAGUGAACUAAUCAUUUGCAACAAAUAAUUUAUCUGAAAAAUCUUUUCAGUUUUGUUGAAUAAAUCACUUGCAAAUUGUCUUACUAUUUAGCCAGUUCCACUGAGGCAAAUACAGCAAAAUAAGAAGUCGUCAGAAUGUAUUCACCGCUUUUUGUGACAAUCGAAUAAACACUCUAUGAAUA